AUGAUAGGUUUUGCUCACCUACGCAACUCGAAAAUCCUGGCAGAACUCGGCGCGGAGGCCCACUCGAAUAAGAAAUCCGAAGGAAUCUUGAGCGCCAGCCGCCCCGAUGGCCUCGAGGGUCGCACGGAUGAGACGCAGUUCCCCAGCGUCAGCGCGCUGCGCCAGUCGGCGCUCAUGCAGCACUGCCCCAUCCGCGGCGCGCCCAAGUGUCCUCCGGCCUCGAAGAGAUACCGAACCCACGACGGAACAUGCAACAACCUGAACCGCCCGCGCUGGGGCUCCACCAUGACUCCCGUGCAGCGGUUCCUGACGCCGGUCUACUCCGACGGUCUCCAAGCUCCCCGGCGCUCCGUCUCCGGCUCCCAGCUACCCUCAGCGCGGGAGAUCAGCUCUCUCAUACACGAGGACCAGAACAUCGAAGCGCCUGGCAUCACGCAUCUGCUCAUGCAGUGGGGGCAGUUCUUGGACCAUGACGUCACUUCGUCCUCUCAGUCCCGUGGGUUCAACGGCUCUGUGCCGCGGUGCUGUAAAGACGGAGGGAGGGAUUUUGUUCCGAAAGAGUUUAUGCACCCAGAAUGCUUGCCAAUAGCGGUGCCAGCAUCAGACCCGUUCUACGGGCCGCGCGGGGUGCGGUGCCUGGACUUCGUGCGGUCGUCUCCGGCGCCCAGAGACGACUGCGCGCUGGGCUGGCGCGAGCAGCUCAACCAGGUGUCGGCGUACAUCGACGCGUCGCCGCUGUAUGGGAGCUCGGCGAGGAAGUCGGACAAGCUGAGGCUGUUUCGGAACGGAAUGCUCCAAUACGGUCGCGUGCAGCAGCGCCGCCCGAUCCUGCCGCCGGAGCGCCGCGACGAGCUCUGCCGCGGCGGUGCAGUCUCCACCGACUGCUUCAAGUCCGGAGACGCCAGGGUCAACGAGCACCCCGGCUUGGUGGCUGCUCAUAUACUGUGGCUAAGGCAGCACAACAGGAUGGCCCAGGAGCUAGCACAUCUAAAUCCGCAAUGGAGCGAUGAGAAAAUUUACCAAGAAACUCGCAAAAUUGUCGGAGCUAUGGUGCAACACAUCACUUAUAAGGAGUUCCUGCCGAUUGUAUUAGGUGUGGAUGUGAUGCGACUCUUUGAUUUGGACCCCCAAAAGAAAGGUUUUUACAAGAACUACAACCCGAAGAUAAAUCCAAGUCCAGCUAGUUCUUUUGGAUCAGCUGCUUUCAGAUUCGGACAUAGUUUAGUUCAGCCAUCAAUGGUGCGAUAUGACCGCUUUCACAGGCCAAUCAACAACAAUGUGUCCCUCCAUAACGAAUUGACUAACCCUUCUAACAUUUGGAGCAUGGGUGCUGUGGACCGCCUCCUUCUAGGAAUGAUGAACCAGCCCAGCCAGAAACGAGAUGAGUUCAUAACAGAGGAAUUAACCAAUCACCUCUUUCAAACCCCACAAUUUGACUUUGGAAUGGACCUUGCCGCAAUUAAUAUUCAAAGAGGAAGGGACCAUGGAGUCCCACCAUACACCGCUUUUAGAGAACCAUGUGGCUUGACUCAAAUAACUGAGUUUGAGGACCUUUUUAGGGUCAUACCAGCAAGAACUGUUAGGAAACUACAGGCAAUUUAUAGAAAUGUAGACGAUAUUGACUUGUUCACUGGAGGGAUGGCAGAGAGGCCGGUCGUCGGAGGAUUGGUGGGGCCAACGUUUGCCUGCAUCAUCGCCCAACAAUUCUCAAAUCUGCGCAAAGGAGACAGAUUUUGGUAUGAAAAUGGAGGUUUAGAUUCGUCAUUUACUCCAGCUCAAUUGCAGCAAAUAAGAAGAAUAACUUUUGCACAAGUAUUAUGCAGGACUCUUGAUAACAUAGACAACAUCCAACCUUUUGUCUUCCUAUCCCCCAACAGCCCUGAAAACCAAAGAAUAUCCUGUUCCAAUGGAAUACUUAAUAAUUUUGACCUAUCCCCAUGGAUAGAAAUUGACUCUAACUCUAACAAUGACAUUCGGAAGUCUGACGACAACGCUGACGAUAGGGAUAUUGAAAUAACUAAGACUUCAACAACACCUUCACUAACUACAACAAAACAACCAACAACUCAAAAACCAAUAACGAACAUGACAGACAAAGCUAGUAAAAGAAAAACUAAACCGACAUUAGCUUUUACAAAUACGACUAUUACUAAUAGGCUAAACACGACUGAAACAGAUAAAACAAACAUGACUCAUAAACAUAAAGGGACUGUACAGAAAAUUGACGAUAAACUUGACUUUAAGAACAAGAGUAAACGAUUUGACAAUGUAGACAGAAUUGACGAUGGACGAAACAGACCGACUAUGACUAAAUCACAAUACAAUGACGACUAUGACGACGACGAUGACACACAGAGCGUACAAUCUGUAGUUAUCAAUAACUUAUCCCACAAGCGCCCGAGUUCCUUGUCCAAUUCACACAACAGACCCACUUACAAUAGACCUAUAGCUGUGACAGAGAACAUUGACAAAUACACUUAUUUAAUUAACUAUGUCCCAAGACCUACACAAUCUUGGCGACGACCUGAACGGACGACCCGACGACCCGAGCGGACGACUAGACGAACUUACACUGACAGAGACGUGGUUAAAGUUACCUAUCAGACGUACGACGACACUUACAGACGACCGAACAACCCUUACUAUUACAAUCGACAAGACGACAUACCACUGACUCCAGACUCUGACUUUCGACAAAGACCUCACAGAUAUACGACUAAUAGCGAUGACAAUCAUUCGUCUGCUAGAUCUAAUGACGAAAAUACUGACAAGACAAAAGACUUAUUUAGUACUACAGACAAUUUACAUAAACUUGUGACUUUUGGUUACGUUGGGACUUAUAAAGGUGACUUGACUAAACAUGACCAACCACUGACUAAAGAAAAUACUGACGCUACGAUGCCCUCUGACAAGGGCAGUGAUAGUGACAAAACUAACGACUCUAACAUUAGCAGAGACUUUUCGACUUAUAACAUUGAUAAAUCUGGACCUAACUCUAAUAAAGACUCAGACAAUUCUAUGAAACUAUCGACUUUCUUCCACUAUGAAUCUGCGACUAAACCUUAUAACUUACAAAGAUCGACUAGAAAAGAAGAGGAACCGAUACCAAAUACUGACGGUACAAAUGACAAAUAUUACUAUGUAAGAAAUGUAUUGCAUAAAUAUCCUACCGCUGACUCGACUUUGACUGACAAAACUCUAGCUGUAGACGAGGAGCAAAUUUUGAAAGAGAAUUACAACAGCCCCGGUUGGCCCUCGUACUUGGAUGUGCAAGAAAGGACAUCGUUGGACAAACUGGCGCUACUAGAAGACGCGCAAGGGGCCAAAUCUUCAUUGGCUGCCAAACGAAAGAAGCCACAACAAAGCACAGCAAAGACACCAUCAGUAGCAUUCCAAGUUAUGCCCAGUGAGAAUAGUCCAACGCAGUGGGCUGUUUACGAAGAAGACGUCGAGCUACAAGAUGGCCUGCCUCACGUGAUGCCCACCGCUCAGACAGACCCCUACUCCUUGAAGGAAAUACCAAGGCCCAUGAAGUUGAGGAAGCUCAAGAAAAGACGCCGAGGAAGAGCGUAGACUGACUGAAAACUUUAGCAAAUUUUGUGAUUUCUCAUAAUAUUGAUACGUAUAAUAUUGUAAGUAGGUAUAUGAAAAUGACUUAGACUUUCGAAGACUCGACGACUUUGACUCACGACUUUGACGACUUCAUUACUUUGAUACGUACGUAGAGCACAACUAUGCCCCGCAACGAUUAAUACAUCGAGUUUCUUGUCAGACAAUAGGAUAGGUAAGGUAAAGCUUGAUUUUAUGAUACAUGAUACUCAAACAACGAUAUUGGUUAGACAUGCAACUUGAUGCGUUAACGCCCAGCGGGCUAUGGUGCUGCUAACAAAACAAGACAAAAUGACGUGACUUAGAACAAGACAUGACAAUAAACAACAUAGUUGAAAAUGUGUUACUAUACACCGACACCCUAUACGUUAUGUAUAACUUAAUUGUAUAACCUACCUAAAUAUUAUUAAUGACUGUAGUAAAAUGACCAGAAAUUUUGAUAAAACGACUUGAAACCUACUUUGAAACUUUGACUCAUUAAUAAAACUUUACACAGUUGACUUGACUUGACUUGACUGACUUCAGAAUACCUACCAUGAAGGAUACAUAUGUAGCUACACUAUAAACAUAUAAUUUCAAUGAAUGAACAACUAUGUCGUGACCGCCUUAUCGUCCUGAAGGAAACAACAAUGCUUGCUCUGUUUACUGCAGAGCUGGGUGCUGUCGAGAUAUGUGAUGUGGAUGUGACUGACUAGACAAUGGAACAAAAAAAACGACUGAUUACAAACAAAUUGACUAUUGACUUUUAA